AAUAGAAAAAAAAUGUUAUUAUUUUUGCUAGAAUCAACUUUUGCUCAUCUAUAUUGGUUCUUCUAUAAUUGAUAAAGCGCUUUAGUUUUUCAAAUUUUUAUUUACAGAUCUCGCGAGAACUGUGUAUAUCUCCUCGCACUGAUAAUUUAUAUCAUGGAUGAACAAGCUCAUCCCUCUCCCCCCAACGAUUUCAAGCGCGAAAAAACUUCAACUCAAAGAAACCAAGAGUUUGACCCUGCCAAUAUUCAAGAACACAUUAAAAGAUUAUCUCACAAAUUUCCUAUUGGCCACCAGCCAUACAGAGUAAUUGCUGGAGAAAAGGACAUUAAAAAAAAUUUUUAUAGAUCGCAACUGAAACCAAAAGAGCUUUUAUUUUUCAAAAACUGCUCCGACAGUAACUAUACAGUAUCCACAGUUUGUACAAAAGUACUUGUCGAAAAUUGCGACAAUGUCACCAUAAUGCUCAAUGAAAAGGUUAUGACCAAUAUAGUUGAACUAUGGAAAUGUAAAGAUGUAACUAUUCAUAUUGAUACUGCCAUAUACACUAUUCAACUAGACAUUUGCAAUAAUGUCAAACUUCUUUUUUCUCACAAGGAUAAUUAUCAUCAAGUUGUUUGGGCAGGAGUGGAUGACCUGUCUAUUGAAUUCCAAAAGGCAUCUGAGCACAACAUGCAAACAGGUCUUCGUCAGAUGAAAGAAAUUUACACUGAUUUGAAUGAUGAAAUCGAUCAGUUUAUUAUUCGCUUUUUAGAUGAUAAGUUAACAUCAGAACAGGUUGUUCGACUUUCAAAUGGAUACCCAACGACGAAACGUGAAGCUGAUGAAUGGGAUGCCCAACAAGCUAAAAAGGAUGAAGCAGCUGAAGAUAGAGUACGAAAAAUGCUAGACUUGGCACCUCAGCUGGGCAUUCAUAAUUUUGGUUUACAAAAAAGUGCCAAAGGCAAGGUUGGACGCAACGAACCUUGUCCGUGUGGUAGUAGCUUAAAAUACAAAAAAUGCUGCGCAAAUAAUACUCAGGGUGAACGCCUUGCAAAAAGCAUUGUCCCUGAAGAAAAAGUAAAAUAGAUCAAAGGUUUCCAACUGGGGAACUAAGAGGUCUACUUCCUAAUAAAUGCAAUUUAUUGUCUUUUGCAUAAUAGAUACAUAUUAUUUUAUUCUCAGUGUUCUUACAAACUAAAAAGUGUCUUAUAAAAUAUGGAACAUGUGAACAAAUAAAACCGUUAAGUUGAUCGUUAUUUUUAAAGUUUUAUUGAAGCACAGACAGAUAGCAGGUAUGCUUCAAUUGAACAAAAAGGCGUUUCGAAAA